AUGACAGACGGGUUUCAUAAGAAAAGAAUGACAGUGAAGUUCCAAAAGCACUUAGAAGCGCGACCAGGGCGGGCGGCCUCAGCCCCGGUGCACGUGCCCCCAUCCCGCGCCAAUUCUGCCAAUUCUGCCCUUCUGGACGGGCCAGACAAAACUCCUCUUUGCUGGCUGUUUAACGACGUCUUAAGGCCCUCAAACCCUCCCCCGCGACAUCCCGUAAACUCCGGUGUAAAUCCCUCAUUUGUAAGAUCCACGGCCGAGAUAGACCCCGGCGCGUCUUUUGACCUCAACUUGACGGAAUUUCGACGUCGUUCGGCCCACAAGCCAGAGGUGUCCGUGAGCGACGAGAAGGAGGAAAGAAAGAUGGACAGGAACAUGGAGCUCUGCCCCAGCUUCUCGAAGCUUAUCGCCUUUUGGCUCCUCCCCGCCGGUUCGACCUCUGGCCUUGAUAUCAUGUGCCGGCUGACUCAGCGCGCCCUGGGAGUCCUGAGGCCGCCUCCGCUAAUCCCGGUCGGGCAGUCGCCGUUAAAGCGGCGCCCAUCCGGUCCGAAAUCCUGA